UGUGGAAUCGUGGAAGUGGCAAAAUGAAGCAAGAUGUGACAAAGAAUAAUUUGAAGGAAUCUGCAGCUCGUGCGGGGGGAGGGGAGGCAGCUCAGUGCAACACAGCCUGACUGGAUGAGUAGCAACAGCAGCAGCAGCAAUAGCACUAGCAGCAUCUCCUUUGUGGCUUGCUGGGGGGCUCGGUCACUAGAGCACCGCGCUCCCGCUCACAGACACACAGGCGCUCCCAGCGCCACCGUCACACACACGUAGUGGCAGUGGCAGUCGUCGUCAGAGCCGGGGCAGGGACAGGGACCGCUACCUUGACGACUGGAGCUACGGCGACAGCAGCUGCGGCACCAUGGCGCAAGCCGCCAAGCAGCUCCGUAAGAACAAGGACCUAGCGGAGCUCGCCGCUCAGGAGCUGAAGGAUAAGGAGGAGGAGAAGAACAAGAAGAGGAAUCGAUCGAGGGACCGCAGACGCAAGGCGGAUGCUGUCACCAGUUUCCUCCGUGCAGCCCGUUCAGGGAACCUUGACAAGGCUCUUGACCACAUCAAGAAUGGAAUAGACAUCAACACAUCAAAUCAGAAUGGGCUCAACGGUUUGCAUCUGGCCUCGAAAGAAGGCCACGUCAAGAUGGUCCUGGGGUUACUACACGCAGGCAUUGUCUUGGAGACCACCACUAAGAAAGGGAACACUGCCCUCCAUAUCGCUGCGUUGGCAGGCCAGGAGAAAGUGGUGGCUGAGCUCGUCAACUAUGGAGCCAACGUCAAUUCCCAGUCCCAGAAAGGCUUCAGCCCCCUCUACAUGGCUGCACAAGAGAACCACUUAGAGGUCGUUAAGUUCCUGUUAGAGAAUGGAGCCAAUCAGAGCCUUCCAACAGAGGAUGGGUUCACGCCGCUGGCGGUGGCUCUCCAGCAGGGUCAUGAGAACGUGGUGGCCCUGCUCAUCAACUACGGCACCAAGGGCAAGGUCCGUCUUCCCGCUUUGCACAUUGCUGCACGCAACGACGACACACGCACUGCCGCAGUACUGUUGCAGAAUGACCCUAACCCCGACGUCCUCAGCAAGACUGGCUUCACUCCUCUCCACAUCGCGGCUCACUAUGAGAACCUGAGUGUGGCCCAACUGCUAAUUAACAGAGGAGCCAAUGUCAACUAUACUCCCAAGAAUGGUAUCACCCCCGUGCACAUAGCUUCAAGGAGGGGUAAUGCGAUCAUGGUUCGACUUUUGCUGGACAGAGGGGCCCAGAUAGACGCCAUGACCAAGGAUGAGCUGACCCCUUUGCACUGUGCGGCCAGGAACGGUCACGUGAGGAUCAUCGAUCUCCUGCUGGACCAGGGGGCUCCCAUUCAGGCCAAGACCAAGAAUGGCCUGUCCCCAAUCCACAUGGCUGCCCAGGGUGACCACAUGGAUUGUGUGAGGCAGCUCCUUCAGUACAACGCUGAGAUCGAUGACAUCACACUGGACCACCUGACCCCUCUACACGUGGCGGCCCACUGUGGUCACCACCGCAUGGCCAAAGUACUGCUGGACAAGGGGGCCAAGGCCAACGCACGUGCACUGAAUGGGUUCACUCCCCUCCACAUUGCCUGUAAGAAGAACCACAUGCGCUCCAUGGACCUGCUUCUGAAACACUCUGCCUCCCUGGAGGCCGUCACAGAGUCUGGUCUGACCCCCCUGCAUGUAGCAGCCUUCAUGGGCCACCUGAACAUUGUGAAGAACCUGCUCCACAGAGGUGCUUCUCCCAAUGCCUCCAAUGUGAAGGUGGAGACGCCCCUCCACAUGGCUUCCAGGGCAGGCCACUGUGAGGUGGCUCAGUUCCUGCUGCAGAACACAGCCCAGGUGGAUGCCAAGGCUAAGGAUGACCAGACCCCUCUGCACUGUGCGGCCCGUAUGGGACAUAAGGAGCUGGUCAAGCUGCUCCUGGAGCACAAGGCCAAUCCUGACUCGGCUACCACUGCUGGCCACACCCCCUUACACAUCGCCGCCCGUGAGGGACACGCCCACACUACCCGGAUUCUCCUGGACGGGGCGGCCCAACAAACCAAGAUGACAAAGAAAGGCUUCACUCCUCUCCAUGUGGCCUGUAAGUACGGCAAGGUGGACGUGGUCGAGCUGCUGCUGGAGAGAGGAGCCAACCCCAACGCGGCUGGAAAGCAGAACGGCCUGACUCCUCUACACGUGGCCGUCCAUCACAACAACCUGGACGUGGUCAAGCUGCUGGUCAGCAAGGGAGGCAACGCACACAGCACUGCCCGGAACGGCUACACUCCUCUGCACAUUGCAGCCAAGCAGAACCAGAUGGAGGCGGCCGGCUGCCUGCUGCAGUAUGGAGCCUCUGCCAACGCGGAGUCCCUCCAGGGGGUCACACCCCUCCAUCUGGCCUCACAGGAGGGCCAGCCAGACAUGGUGGCCCUGCUCAUCUCCAAACAGGCCAAUGUCAACCUGGGGAACAAGAAUGGACUGACCCCUCUGCACCUGGUGGCCCAGGAAGGUCACGUAGGGAUAGCAGACACCCUGGUCAAACAGGGGGCAUCAGUCUACGCAGCCUCACGGAUGGGCUACACAGCGCUUCAUGUGGCCUGUCACUAUGGCAACAUCAAGAUGGUGAAGUUUCUCCUGCAGCAGCAGGCUCAUGUGAACAGCAAGACCAGAGUGGGCUACACUCCCCUGCACCAGGCCGCCCAGCAGGGUCAUACUGACAUAGUCACCCUGCUGCUCAAACACGGAGCCCAGCCCAACGAGAUCACCACCAAUGGAACCUCUCCUCUGGGCAUUGCCAAACGACUUGGUUACAUCUCUGUCAUUGAUGUGCUGAAGUUGGUCACCGAGGAGGCCGUUUCCGUGAUCACCACAGAGAAACAUCGGAUGAGUUUCCCUGAGACAGUAGAUGAGAUAUUGGAUGUUUCAGAGGAUGAGGGCGUCGCAGCGCUAACGUUAGGUGAUGAGUUGCUGGGGAUGGAUGGUGCUCGCUACCUGAAGCUUGACGACCUCAAGGACCAGGAUGAUGAUUUCCUGUCCCCUAAGAAGACCCUGAGAGACUUUGAGGGUGGCCUGGGCACCACGCCCUACUCUCCUGCAAUUCCCAGAAUCCCAUGCGUGUCCCCUGAAACUGUCCUGCUUGAGGGGCACACUCCUGUCCCCUUGCCUAAGGAGUAUGAUGAGGACUCUCUGAUCCCCAGCAGUCCUGCUACAGAGACCUCUGACAACGUUAGCCCAGUGGCCAGCCCCAUACACACAGGGUUCCUGGUCAGUUUCAUGGUGGAUGCCCGGGGGGGCUCCAUGCGUGGCAGCAGACACCACGGGCUGCGUGUCAUCAUCCCCCCUCGGACCUGUGCUGCUCCCACCCGCAUUACCUGUCGUCUGGUCAAACCCCAGAAACUCAACACCCCACCCCCGCUGGUAGAGGGAGAGGGCCUGGCCAGCCGUAUCAUCUCCCUGGGGCCCUCCAGUAUGCAGUUCCUAGGGCCAGUGAUAGUGGAGAUUCCCCACUUCGCUUCUCUGGGUCGAGGGGACCGGGAGCUGGUGGUUCUGCGCAGUGAGAACGGCUCUGUCUGGAAGGAGCAUCGCAAUCGCUAUGGCGACGAGGUGCUGGAGACCAUUUUGAAUGGCAUGGAUGAAGACCUGGAGAGUCACGAGGACUUGGAGAAGAAGAGAAUCCGCCGCAUCAUCUCCACGGACUUCCCCCUCUACUUCGCUGUGGUGUCCCGCGUCCAGCAGGAGAGCGACCUGAUUGGCCCAGAGGGCGGUCAGCUGGCCAGCAUGCUGGUCCCUCAUGUCCAAGCCAUCUUCCCUGAGACAGCGGUCACCAAGAAAGUUCGACUGGGGCUGCAGGCUCAGCCUAUCCCAGACGAGCUUCUGACUCGACAGCUUGGUAACCAAGCGACCUUCAGCCCAGUGGUCACGGUCGAGCCACGACGACGCAAGUUCCACCGGCCAAUAGGAUUACGCAUCCCGCUGCCCCCGUCUUGGAGGGAGAGUUCACGUGACGCUGGGGAGGGGGACACCACCAGCCUGCGCCUCCUCUGCAGUGUCAUUGGUGGAACAGCACCAGCCCAGUGGGAGGACAUCACUGGCACCACCAAGCUGAUGUACACCAACAACUGCGCCAACUUCACCACCAACGUCUCUGCAAGGUUCUGGCUGGCAGACUGCCCACGCACAGCCGAAGUGGUGACCUUCGCCAACCUGCUGUACCGGGAGCUGAUGGCCGUGCCCUACAUGGCCAAGUUUGUAAUAUUUGCCAAAAUGAACGAGGCGCGCGAGGGCCGCCUACGCUGCUACUGCAUGACCGACGACAAGAUGGACAAAACCCUGGAGCUGCACGAGAACUUCAGCGAGGUGGCCCGGAGCAGGGAUAUAGAGGUGAUGGAGGGCAUGCCGCUGCACCUGGAGUGCUCUGGGAACCUGGUGCCUGUGAGGAAGGCCACUCAGCAGCCACGCAGCUUCAGCUUCCAAGCCUUCCGAGAUAACAGACUGCCCGUCUCUGUCAAGGUCAGAGACAGCAAUAAGGAAGCCUCUGGGUUCCUUUCUUUCCUGCGGAAGUCUACCAAGUAUGAGGAUGCACAGCACGUGCUGUGUAACCUCAACAUCACCAUGCCUCCCUGUGUCAAGGUUGUUGGGAGUGAGGAACGGAGGCGAACUCUGACCCCGUUGGCCCUGAGGGAGCGCUACAACGCGCUGAAUGAGCCCGGUCUGGCUACAGUGAAUGUCAUUGAGAGGACCGAGCUCAAGAUCUCCCUAAUAUCCGAACAGCUGGGAUUGAGCUGGGCAGAGUUGGCACGGGAGCUGCAUUUUGGUGUGGAUGACAUUAACAGAAUCAGGGUGGAGAAUCCUAACUCCCUCCUGGACCAGAGUUCAGCCCUGCUCAAUCUGUGGGUUGGCCGGGAGGGCAAGAGGGCCAAGAUGGAGAGUAUAUAUGUAGCUUUGAAGAACAUUGACCGUUCAGACAUUGUGAGUUCCGUGGAGGGCCAGCCACAGGCAGGGGCCGGCGCCUCAGAGGAAGGGGCCUGCAGACUGGUUGACCACGACUCCAACCUCCUCUCCCCCAGUGUUAUCAAUGGUUACGGACUUGUGCAGGAAGAGCUGCUCUCCCCAGCCUCCAUGCAGUACAGUCUGCCCUCUCCGCUGGGAGCUGAGCCCUACUGGCAGGAGGUCUCCAGCCUGGAGUGUGCCCCCAUCGCCACCACCGAAGAAGACACCCUGAUGGAGAUGUCAGACGUGCAGGUGUGGCCCUCGGGGGUCAGCCCCUCCCUGGUCACAGUGGAGGACUCGUCCCUGGAUGGCAGCAGUCGGGCUGACGACUCAGAGGGGGCCACCCUGUCCCUGCCCUGCAGCCUGAGGCGCCCCAGCAGUGGGGCUAGUGGCUCCAUCAUGGAGCUGGAGGAGGAGGAAGAGGAGGAGGAGGAAGGGGAAGUAGAGGAGGAGGCGCGGCAGGAGCUGGAGGACAGGGACAGGGUGAGGGCCAGCGGCGCCGUGCCAAAGGUCAACCUGAAUGGCCAGCUGGGAGGUCAGAGGUCGGAGGGCAGGAGGGUGGAGGUAGCAGCAUCAGUGGUGGGCAGCAGUGUGACUGGAGGAGGAGCGAGGGGAGGAGGAGGACUAAGACAGAGUUCAGAGGAAGGGCUUUCUGUUGUUGCAGGGCAGCAGGUUUAUGCCCAGCUGUGUGAGAUGUCAGGACUGAGCCGAGCAAUGGAGCACAAUGGAGACAACAGGGUGGUUGGGGGAGGUGCUUUCCAGCCGUACCUCCCCAACAAGGACUCCCUGCGCGGCUGGGCAGGGUCGCAGGCGCCCAGGCUGCCCCGGCAGAGUGUGGAGACGCUGAUGAUGUCACCAAGGUCUCGUGUACCCCAAGAGGCUCUGCUGACACCGAUUGAUGCCGAUAAAGAGGACUAUGCUGUUGAGUUCCUGGCUGAGGAGCAGUUGGUGGACGAACAUGGAAACGUUGUCACUAGGGAGGUGGGGGUGGAUGUGAGGAAGGGUGCUCAGUCAGUGAAGCGCAACAGUCUGCAGAGAGUAAAACACUGAAACACACAUACCCAGACCUCAAGAACCGGACAUCCACUGCCAAACCAUCCUCCACAAACAAAACGCCAGGUGACAGAGGACAACAGGGAGGAGACUGAAAGAAGGACUAAGAUCAGCAAACAACAAAUACAAACACAACAUCAUCUGCAGAAUGACCCUGGAUUGCCACAACAAGAAGAAACGAGAAGGAGGUCUACUUGUAGUUUUGUAACAUAAAACAAAGAUACUUAACUAGAGUAGGGCAUGAUUUUUUUCUAUAAAAACGUCAUAAAAUCCAACCAGAAAAAAAGCAACAAAAAAGUGCUUCCUGUCAACUGUAAUUGCAUGAUUGACUGCUGGUGCAUGACCAUUGACCUUUGAACUGUCAUUAUCUACAAACUCAAUUGGUACAAGUUAUGGGGCCGACCCAGGACUGACUGGGUCAGGGACGAGUUUAAGGACCCCCCACCCCUCCGCCCAAAAGGAUUGGUUGGUGUUAGCAAGUUGAGUCUGGUAACACUACUGCCAAAAAAGCUAAUAUUUUUCCCGUCUUCAGAUUGCUAUGAUACAGUCAAUCCAAUGCUGAGCUUACCAAUGCUUAUUUCACUUGGACCCUAUUUCCUUGUUAUUCUAUGUGAUAUAUGCACUAUGCUCUGUGGAUGUGUGUCUGUGUGUGUAUGUGUGUGUAUUUCUACCGCAUGUGUUCUCUCGCUUCUGGCUUGGCACUGAGCCGUGUCCUGGUUGGUCAGUGCUCCUGUGAUGUCACGGUGUGCUCAAUGUGGGAAUGAGAAACCCACCGUGCUCCCCUACUCGGGAGUGUCUGUCUGUGUGUGACGUCUUUCCUUUGUGAACGCGCUUCACCCCAGUUCCACUUUGUCUGGCUUUGAUAGGGACUAGCUUCCUCCCCCUGUUUUAGGAGGGUGUGCUUUAUUCAGACAAUGGGAAUGUUUUUCCAGAUGGGAACCAAAAAAAAGUUUGUCGCUUGAUAGCAUUGCGUGGCUGCCAGUGUAUUCUAACAUUAAUGCCCAACACAUCCCAGAUUUACGGUAGCAUGGGGUCCCCUUCCCCUCCUGCCCCCCCCUGCCAUGUUGACUCCACACACCUCUCCAUCAACUCCUGUAGCUCCAACCUAAAUCUCUACCCAAUCAGCUUCAUCCACCGCUCUCUCUCAUAUUCUCUCUCUUUGCUGUGGCUAUAACACCUCACGACAUCGCCCUUUUGUGGUUCACAUUCAAUUGUGCUUUUGAUUUGAGGGGGUGAAGCAGACAGGGGAUUAAUGAUCAGUGUGGAUAUUCAUAUUCAUGGGAAAGAGAUGGAGGUAAAUGUGAAGGUUUAGAUGGAAUGCUAGAGACUAGUAUAGCUAAGCAAGUAAGGACAGACUGACAGAUAGCACUGUGAUCGCCCAAUUUAACACUGACCCCUGAGCCCAUGUACCCUGUACUGUGAACUUAUAGACACACACACACCUCAAAAAUGCAUACACACACACACUCACACAUAUCCUUAAUACACACAUGCACACGCACAUACAGUAAUUCAUUUAUUGUGCCCUAAUUGUUAUGAGAAGCCUGGUCGGACUCAGAUUAUGUACUUUGGUGUCUGCCACAGCAAUAAUAUCAGACAAGAAGGGAUAUAUAUAUAUAUAUGUAUAUAUGUGUAUAUAUAUACACAUAUAUAUAAUAUAUACGUGUGUGUGUGUGUGUGUGUGUGUGUGUGUGUGUGUGUGUGUGUGUGUGUGUGUGUGUGUGUGUGUGUGUGUGUGUGUGUGUGUGUGUGUGUGUGUGUGUGUGUGUGUGUGCGCAGUGGGAGGGUAUCUGUACAUUAUGGUAGCAUUUAAAACAUUUCUCUCUCUGAAAUUGGUGCAGACAAAUCAGAAGCAUGCAUGUAUACAAAAGAUACAAUCCAAGACGGUAUGCAAACAGUUUUCCCCUCACAAAUGUGAUCCGUUCAAUGCAUUCACGAUUGACAUUUCGUAAUGGUAUCUCCUCUGUUCCUCUGACCUUCAUGUUGUUGUAUUAGCAUGGUGGCACUGCCACCUGGUGUUACAAAGAGGUAUCACAGUCUAGAUAACUGGAUUAGCGCAGCAGCAGCUGGAGGGCAAAAUAGUGGUUUCGGAAAAGGAUUUGGUCCAGCACUUAAUGUAGCAGAUAUUACCCAGGAUAUGCUAACUUCAUACAUUGAAUCUUAGGAAUGGAUCUCUCAUAGUAGCAUUUAUUUACUAUAUAUGUAUGUAGUGUGGUUGGAGUGAAUGUGACUAUGAAUGAUUUAGUGAAUAGACUAGUAACACGUCACCGACACGUAUUCCCUGCCAAUCAGUGCACAUUAAAACCUCAUCUGUUAUGCCACAUAUAUCACAUAUCACUUAUCAUUCACUCUUAUUCCACUCAGGUUUCAGUUUUAGCAGGAUCCAAGUUUUGCCCUGUUUUUGAGUUCAGAGCCCUCUGUAGAAAGAGAACCAUGGGUGUCAACAUGAGUGUUGCGGAAUCAGUUUGGUGUGUGUGUGUGUGUGUGUGUGUGUGUGUGUGUGUGUGUGUGUGUGUGUGUGUGUGUGUGUGUGUGUGUGUGUGUGUGUGUGUGUGUGUGUGUGUGUGUGUGUGUGUGUGUGUGUGUGUGUGUGUGUGUGUGUGUGUGUGUGUGUGUGUGUGUGUGUGUGAGAGAGAGAGAGAAUGUGGUGGAGGGGUCAUUGGUAACAGGUGAGGUGUAAUUAUAAAAGGGUAGCCUUUAGUUUGUAUGUUGGUGGAUUCCCUAGGUGAAAGGUCUGUGGUCUUUAAGCAUCACCUCUCCAGGUCACCUAAUUUAUCUUAAAACAGCAGUGUAGCUGAUUGGCUUUGGGUCUGAAUAGGCUAAGGAUGAAGAAAAGUGAGACUCUCAAUCAGCAAUCGAUAAGUCAAUCAAUCAGGUUUUCCACAAGAACAAGACACUGAUACCUGAUAUGGAUGAGAUAUAGAGACCAUAGUCCUGAAAGGUAUUUAAAAUGGAUGUACAGCAUGUUUGAUUAAUCUCAGAUGAAGGGGAUCUGUGUAUGUGGGUUUAGAGGUUGGCAAGAUCAAAAUGAAAGUUGAGCCGGUCCACAAGCCUUUGCACUGUGAGAACUGUAGACUCCGCCAGUGCGUGUGUGUGCGUGUGCGUGCGUGCGUGCGUGUGUGUGUGUGUGUGUGCUUGUGGUGUUCAGAAGGUUGAUGAGGAGAGAUGGACAUGGUUUUAAAACUAGGGACACAACAUGAGGACAUGGAAAUGAUCAUGUAUUUUAAAGAGUAUUUUAAAAUGACCGUUGCAAAGAAUAGAGAUCACCUAUAAUCCUUUAGAAUGGAAAUGUGACAAUAUUAAAACGCAAUAUGAUAUUACUCUACUAAGGAAUGCAACUGCACACAUGCACAGAAAAUGUUUUUAUGAAAAUAUAUGUAUAAAUAUAUGACAAAAUAUAUUUCAUUAGAAUGCUAUGCACCCUUAUAGAGUUGUUAUGGAUGUACUUUAAGCAUAUUAACUAGACUAUAGUAUAGGUAGACGGCCACAUCGUGGGGAAUGUAGAGGCUUUGUAGGUAUUUCAAAUGGUUUCCUUUUCUUUUUUUAUUGUCAUGGAGAGAGGAAAAACAAACGUGAAUAUGUAUUCAAGCCUUUGUUUCAAUCAGAUUUGAUUCUGACAUGAAGAUAUGUAUAGGUCAUCUACUCUGUACACCAGCUCCAACCAUUUACAGAAAUGAAUAGAGAAAGAUGUGAACAUACCUGAUGUGUUCUCUUACACAUUUUGAUGUGUUUGAGAAUCAAAUGUAAAUUGAUGUACGUUUGUAAAUGUAAAUUGUAAAUCUAUAUGUAUGUGUAUAAAGGUAAGUACAUUGGUGCAAAACAGUUAUCGGGCAGAGUGGUU